UACUUCAAGGACUGGGAUAAACAGCAGGCUUCAUGCAUUAUUUGGAAAGGAAAGACAUUAGUCUUCCUUUCCAACUAGGGCCCGGCAGAAUGGCUCCCGCAAAGAAGGGUGGCGAGAAGAAGAAGAGCCGUUCUGCCAUCAACGAGGUAGUGACCAGAGAAUACACCAUCAACAUUCACAAACGUAUCCAUGGAGUGGGUUUCAAGAAGCAUGCCCCUCGGGCACUCAAAGAGAUCCGGAAAUUUGCCAUGAAGGAGAUGGGAACUCCAGAUGUGCACAUUGACACCAGGCUCAACAAAGCUGUCUGGGCCAAAGGAAUAAGGAAUGUUCCAUACCGUAUCCGUGUGCGGUUGUCCAGAAAAUGUAACGAGGAUGAAGAUUCACCAAACAAGCUCUACACGCUGGUUACCUACGUACCUGUCACCACUUUCAAAAAUCUACAGACUGUUAAUGUGGAUGAGAACUAAUCGCUGAUUGUCAAAUAAAGGUAUAAAACUGCAAAAAAAAAAAAAAAUGGAAAGGAAAGACAUUAGAUUCAGUGACCUACCUUUCCUCUGACUCCCUGUCAUUCAUAUUGCCCAAGAGAAAGGAUCUGAUUGGGUUGGUUGGCUAUUUUCAAUAUAGAGAAACUGUAAUGGGCUCACAGCAAGCCCCAUGAAGGUGGUGUCCUUUCUCAUGGCUUUCUUGUAGAUACACUAAGAGCAUCUAUAACCUCUGUCUGCCCAUCAGUCAGAAACAACCAAAGAUGGAGAUUGCCUGAGCAGAUGAUGACCAUGUCGCUAGAGGGCCAUAGAGCAGAUAUGGGACUAUAAGCAGAGGAUAAAACUGAUCUCUGGAUUAGUCGUAGAUGAAGAGCAGAAUUUAUUCAACAUAGUGAAAAAAUGGCAAGUCCCCAUUUAGCAUUCUCAGAGAGGACUCUGGCUUUGAAAGGUUCUUAGGGCUUAACAGACCCCCAUCGAGGACACUUUCACAAGAUGGUUAUGAAGAACAAAAUUCAAUGGCCAAGAAUACUCUUGACUAAUUAUAAAGCCCUAUACAAACACUAGGAAUUUCACAGUCACCUGACUUAACAUGAAUUCAGUCUCAUCAAAGUAGCUUUUUAUGCCACUGGAAAGGAAAUUUGUGUGCAUGUGUUUUAAAUAAGAGAGCCUGGUUUGUUAUAGCUAAGAGGGUUAAAUAGGAAAGUGAAAUAUAAAUAUAUAGAUGAUAUAGAUAUAGAUACAGAUAUACAUGCACUUGUGUUUCUGAAAGGAGACAGUAGAGUUCAGUGCUGAGCUGGAAAUAAGUCUCUCACUAAGAUCCUGUGAAAUGUUUGUGGGUAGGAGCUACAGACUCAGAUGAUAGCUUCUUUGUUUCUUAUGAUAAAAGUAGGGAACAAAGGUCAGUCAUCAGGCAUGUCCAGGAAACCGGGCUAAGAUAGAUAUCUAAAAUAAACAUAAAUUAAUUGAAAGAUUACAAGCUCUAGCUCCUUCCUCAGACUCCACAUUUGUGACUCAGAGAGGAACUAAACUACAUCUUUGUAUAUUUAAUCUAACAAUUCAUUCCCUUUUCAACCUUCAAAAUAAGACCUUCUUUUAGGUCAGGUUCAGACUGAGGAAAUGGGAGGACCAGCCACCUGGGAUGAGCCCAUCCCUUGUGAACACUGUAAAAGCUUGUUCCACUUGGCAGUGGUCCUCUUCAUCUUGGUAAUGAGUAACUCCUGGCUGCCACUGACCCCCUACUGAAGUGAGGGCUUCAGGAGCGCACAGGGAAAUUUCUGUGUGCCUCUGCUUCUCAGUCUGUGAGCUGCCCAGCUCUGCCUGCCAUCACUGGGCACUGAUAUGUUAGGGAUGCCACAGACCAGAUCACAGAUCCUUCUUUUUCAUGGUGAAUUCUACUGUCUUGAUUUUGUGUAUCUAUGACAGGAAUAGGUGCAAUAGGACAUAUCUUUGCAUAUACCCAAAACCCAAGUCCUGAGUGCCCCAUCAUCUCCUGUGCUCCCUUUUAUCCCAGUAUUUGCCAUAUUUUCUUGUCUUUAUUAUUUUUCUGUCAUCUUCUCUAAAACACGAGCUCCUAUGGGACAGGGACUAAGGUAUUUUUUUGGUAUCCCUUGCCUUUAGCAGAAUGUCUAGCACACUGGGGCACCUUGGUGGCUCAGUGGUUGAGCGUCUCCCUUUGGCUCAGGGGCGCAUGGGGCUCCUUGCAGGGAGGCAGCUUCUCCCUCCGCCUAUGUCUCUCCCAUGAAUAAAUAAAAUCUUUAAAAAAAAAGAAUGUCUAGCACACAUAGGUGGUUUAUAAAUGUUUAUUGACACAGAACCAGAAUGCAUCCAUAGAAAGGUGAGCAGAAUCUAUAGAGAGGGGAAGGCCCUGGAAUCCAGGUCCCACAAGGAGCUAGGGGUGUGCAUGUAUGCAAGUGUUUGUGGUGUGUAGACGUGGACAAAAAUGUCCACGUCCUAAUUCCUGGAACUUGUGAAUAUGUUAUGUUCCCUGCCAAGAGGAAAUCAUAGUUGCAGAUGAGAUUAGGGUUUCUAAUCUGCUGACCUUAAAAUGGGGAGACUUGUGGAUUAUCCAGGUAGUCAGCACCAUCACAGAGUUCUCUUAGGGAGGCAGAAGGGCAGAGACAGAGAAGGAGACAUGAAGACAGAAGCAGAGGUUGGAGUGCCAUGGCCACAAGCCGAGGAACAUAAUAUAGGCAGCCUCCAGAAGUUGGAAAAAAGAAUGGACUCCCCGCCCACCCCAGAGUCUCCAGAAGGAAGACAUCUCUGCCAGCACUUUCAUUUGAGCCCUGUAAGGCCUGUUUCAGCCUUCUGAA